CUCUCUCUCUUUCGCCGAGAUUUGCUGAGUCACCGUCUCUGCGGCGGUCGUCGGAGAACCUCGUCCGUCGCGGCCCUCGCCCGCCCUCGCGUCACGCCGGCCGGACAUCGCCCGAAGAAGCUCUUGGGUUCCGUACGGGGGGACAUCCUUUUGCGUUCGCCCGUUCUUCUUCUUCUUCUUCUUGUUGCAUGCCGGCGAGGCGCCUCUUGUGCCGAGCAGAGGAAUCGUACGGUUUCGGGUCAAGUGGGAGGACCCUUCGGGCUUGUUAUUGGGAUUUACGGGGUGGAGUGCCUCCAUGAAGGAGAUUCUUCGUGUAUUGGUUAAGUGAAAAAUUUUGGAGCUGUGGUUUGAUAGUUAAAAUGGGUGUGACGUGCAUGGAGGUCGAUACUGAUAGAGAAAAGCAACUGGAAAGGCCAUUAAAGAGAAGGUGCUUGCGUGACCCUAUUGAAACGCAUACUUCUUUGCAGAAUGGUGCUCUUGGAGUGCUCCACAAAGAACUGAUGGGGUUGACUCCUCUGAAGACGACGAAUAUUUAAAUUUCUUGGAAACUUAUCACGACAAUUAUGGUUCUGUGCCUUCCAAAGCUUAUAGAUAUGGUAGCAGCAGUGGUAGCGAUGAUUUAGUGGAUCCGCAGUAUAAGAUUUUCUUUGAAAGUCUAAGAGUAACCCGGAAGUCAUAUGAGCUUGAGGUGCAGGUGGACGUUGGAACCAGUAUACUCCUCAAGUACGACAUUGAAGACCAGCCACAUGAAGGAUUAAACUUAGAAUAUUUGAAGAGUCAAACAUUGAAAAAUACUGCGGAAACGAUGAGAAGCUUGAGGAAUGCUGUGGGAAGAGAAAAGGACAAAGUUGUUGCUGUGAGGAGAAAAGAAAAUGAUAAGGAAAAAAGAAUUCCGAGAAAUCUUUCUGGAAGGGAGGAGAGCCUGCAAACUAUCAAAGCUGCUGCAACAAGCAAAGGAAAUUGCAACUUGGAUAAAAGAAAUAUAGAAGCACAACCUGCAGAUCUUGGUUGUAAUCAGGCAAUUAAACGGUUCCCAGGGGUAUUGUGUCCAAAGGUUCAACAAGCACCCGAGCAUGAGGAGGAGACUUGCAACGAAAGCUACCCAGCUCUUCUGAAUAGUGCAAAAGAUGAUGGUAACAUUCCUGAAUUUAUAUCUGAUAAUGGUAAACAAACCACCAACGCUGCUACAACGAACAAAGGAAAUUGCAACUUCGAUAAAAGAAAGAUGGAAGCCCGACCCACAAAUCUUGGUUCUCAUCAGGCCAUUAGACAGUCCCCUAGGGUAUUGCAUCCAGAGUUUCAAAAAGCACCCGAGCAUGAGGAGGACACAUGCAAUGAAAGCUAUCUGGCCCUUCUGAAUGGUGCAAAAAAUGUCAGUUACAUUCUUGAAUCUAAAUCUGAUAAUGGCAAACAAAAUACCAAAGCUGCUGCAGCAAGCAAAAGAAAUUGCAGCUUGGAUAAAAGAAAUAUAGAUGCUCAACCCACCAAUCUUGGUUCUACUCAGGCCACUAGAUGGUCCCCUAAGGUAUUGCGUCCAGAGGUUCAACAAGCACCCGAGCAUGAGGAGGAGACAUGGGAUGAAAGCUACCUAGCCGUUCUGAGUUGUGCAAAAGAGGAUGGUAGCAUUAUUGAAUUUACAUCUGCAAAUGGUAAACAAACCACCAAUGCUGCUACAACGAACAAAGGAAAUUGCAACUUCGAUAAAAGAAAGAUGGAAGCCCGACCCGCAAAUCUUGGUUCUAAUCAGGCCAUUAGACAGUCCCCUAGGGUAUUGCAUCCAGAGUUUCAAAAAGCAACGGAGCAUGAGGAGGACACAUGCAAUGAAAGCUAUCUGGCCCUUCUGAAUGGUGCAAAAAAUGUCAGUUACAUUCUUGAAUCUAAAUCUGAUAAUGGUAAACAAAAUACCAAAGCUGCUGCAGCAAGCAAAAGAAAUUGCAGCUUGGAUAAAAGAACUAUAGAUGCUCAACCCACCAAUCUUGGUUCUACUCAGGCCACUAGAUGGUCCCCUAAGGUAUUGCGUCCAGAGGUUCAACAAGCACCCGAGCAUGAGGAGGAGACAUGGGAUGAAAGCUACCUAGCCGUUCUGAGUUGUGCAAAAGAGGAUGGUAGCAUUAUUGAAUUUACAUCUGCAAAUGGUAAACAAACCACCAAUGCUGCUACAACGAACAAAGGAAAUUGCAACUUCGAUAAAAGAAAGAUGGAAGCCCGACCCGCAAAUCUUGGUUCUAAUCAGGCCAUUAGACAGUCCCCUAGGGUAUUGCAUCCAGAGUUUCAAAAAGCAACCGAGCAUGAGGAGCACACAUGCAAUGAAAGCUAUCUAGCCCUUCUGAAUGGUGCAAAAAAUGUCAGUUACAUUCUUGAAUCUAAAUCUGAUAAUGGUAAACAAAAUACCAAAGCUGCUGCAGCAAGCAAAAGAAAUUGCAGCUUGGAUAAAAGAACUAUAGAUGCUCAACCCGCCAAUCUUGGUUCUACUUGGGCCACUAGAUGGUCCCCUAAGGUAUUGCGUCCAGAGGUUCAACAAGCACCCGAGCAUGAGGAGGAGACAUGGGAUGAAAGCUACCUAGCCAUUCUGCAUUGUGCAAAAGAGGAUGGUAGCAUUAUUGAAUUUACAUCUGCAAAUGGCAAACAAAUUAGAUAUGAGGAAGAUGAUGAGGAAGAUGAUGAGGAAAGUUCGUGCGAAGUGGAAAUGCUUGCUGGGGAAGAUAUUUCUAAAUGUGAAGAAUUUGUGACUAGGAAAUUAUCCAAAGAUCCGAUAACCGUUGACAGCAAGCACUUUGCUGAUGAUCCUGGGAGCAGCAGUGGUACUGUAUUCAGGAAGAAACUCAUGGGUGUACUCAAAAUGCCCUAUGAUGUGAAGGAGCAUGAAGACCUUUCCCGAAGAGUAAGACAUAAAAGGCAAAAGACAGUCGAAAAAAGUCUGCGUCAAGGACGGGAUUUCACUUCUUCAUUGCGGCAGCGCUGCAAAUCAUAUCUUGAGCUGCACAAGGAUCUUGCUACAGAACUCAAGUUGGUUCGAGCUGAUUUUCCUCGGAAUUUGAAUCUCUUGCGUGGAUUUUUCUUUUGGUUGGAGAACGUACCGCAGGAAGGAGCAUUUAAGCCUUGGUUGGAUCCAAGUUGUUUGAAAGUGUUGCCCGCACAGGCAAUUAGGAGGGUCUAAUGUAAAUAUUUCUCUGGCCCUGACAAGAAAGCAUGCAAAACCUGGAACUGCUGCUGCAAUGUUUAUUCAGAACCUCGGUGUCCUAAUUCUGGUCGAGAUUUUGGUUAUUCACAGAUAGUGAAUCUGAUGGUUGUGCAUCAUUCCUCCUCUCCAAGGUGGAAUUUGGGGACCACAUCAAGGAAAAUGCUUUUCUGUAUUUCUGUCACUUGCAAAUGCAAGUGGAUCUUUUGUGAUGUAAAAAUCAGGUUUAUGGAAAUGUGCAGCUCUCUAUGCUUGAAUCAGACCAAAUUUAGUUUA